CGAAUAUGGGUGCGACUUUAUGAUGCACAGCCAUAUGUAAACUGGGACCAAUUCCAAUUCCCUCCCAACCCAUCAUCGUCUAUCGCACAGAUCGACUAUCUUUCUCUCUCCACACACCCUCACUUUGCCAUUUGCCAACCUGUUAACAAUGACGGUGGGUUGUGUAGCGGCUCUGGGUGGCGCUCCACCCCUUCCACCGUCAACUCCGACCAGGUAUUCCUGUAAUAAUGGCGGGGGUUUUCUUCGUCUCACCUUUCCUCCCUUACAAAGAUCACGUUUUUGCACUCUGAAACUGGGUGCCACUUCUUCUUCUUCAAUCAAUCCCUCGUUUCAAGUGAAAAGACGAAUAAUCAGACCCAACCCCGCUCUAGAUUCCGACAUCCCUAAUCCUGUUGACCAAGAAGACAAUGAGCAAGAGGAGGCAAGCAAGAAGCAGUUACAGCAAUGGGAUUCCCUGACAGCAAAGUUCGCCGGAGCUGCAAAUGUCCCUUUUUUGUUGCUCCAAUUGCCUCAAAUCGUACUCAAUGCUCGUAAUCUUCUUGCUGGAAACAAUUCUGCCCUUUUCGCAGUUCCAUGGCUGGGAAUGUUUACUGGACUUCUUGGAAACCUUUCGCUGCUAUCUUACUUUGCAAAGAAAAGGGAAACGGAGGUGGUGGUGGUUCAGACUUUGGGAGUUGUAUCAACAUAUGCAGUCAUUACUCAACUCGCCAUGGCUGGAUCCAUGCCUCUACCACAGUUCGCUGCUACUUCUGGUGUAGUUGCUUGUGGUCUCCUCAUCAAUUUCUUGUAUUACUUUAAGUUGCUCAACCACAGGAUCUGGAACUUAUGGGAGGACUUCAUUACUGUUGCUGGCCUCUCUGCACUUCCACAAGUUAUGUGGUCUACUUUUGUACCCUAUGUUCCAAACAGUAUCUUGCCAGGAAUCAUAUCUUUUAUGAUCUCUGUGGUUGCUGUCAUCAUGGCUCGGAUUGGUAAACUUCCAGAAAAAGCAACCAAAUUUGUUGGAUCAGUAUCUGGAUGGACUGCUACACUCCUUUUCAUGUGGAUGCCUGUUGCACAAAUGUGGACAAACUUCUUGAAUCCUGAUAACAUCAGAGGUUUGUCAUCUUUCUCUAUGCUGCUUGCCAUGACAGGAAAUGGACUUUUGAUCCCUCGUGCACUUUUUGUCAAGGAUCUCAUGUGGUUCACAGGGUCAUGCUGGGCAUCUUUCUUCUAUGGAUGGGGAAACCUUAUAUGCAUGUACUUGUGUGCAAGUAUCAGCAAGGAGUUCUUCUUGGCUGCAACGGUUGGCUUGUUUCUUUGGAUAGGUUUUGCACUAUGGAGUGACAGCAAGGCGUAUGGAUUCAGUUCCCCAGUGACAUCUGUAAAGGUGCUAUUUUUGGGAUCAUAGAUGAUAAAACAUUCACACCCAAGUGAAUAAUGUGCACGUGCUUCAAAUCUUGUGUGGAGAUUCUUGGAAAAGUGGAUGAUAUAUUGCCAAUUUGCCAUGACAUCAAAAGGCAUAACAUGCAAAUGUCUCUUCUCUGGCUCAUAAGAUGGCCAGUUGGUCUGAGUCAAUCAGUGAACUCAGACCUGGCAUACUGAUUACUGAUCUUCAAGGAGGAAGCAUAGUGUAGAUAGUUUUAGCAUUAAUACAAUGUGUAAAGUUUAUAGGGUUGUUAUUCCACAUGUAACCUUAACUCUUACUAUGAUCAAUGUCAAGUUUUGGAUACCAA